AGCUCUUAUUCCUGCGCCGCUUGCCCUUCCCCCAUUAUGACUGCAUUGAUACUGCACCCAGCGAUUCGGAAGCGCAUCGAUUCCUACACCGAUCUUGUCCCCGCGAAGCUGCACGCUUUCUGGCCACACGUCGAGACGCAAUUCGUCAAUAAUCUCCUCAACGAUGGAUACAUGGCAUCGCAUAAGCAGUUCUUCUCGCCACAGCAGCACCGCUUUGUCGGAUUUUGGCACUUUAGCCGGGACAGGAUCCCGGCCGACAUGGCAAUUCCCGAAACAGCUUUGUACUCGCUAGGCGACGAUAUGACUGCCGAGCUUGCGACAUGGAUUGCAAAGAGCCGCCCGCAGGAUAACGAGAAGAAGGGUGCCGGUGGAUUCACAGUGAACUUGAAUAUCACCAAGACUGGAGAGUCACCGCCCGCCCGCUCGUUCUUUUUUGAAGCCUGGAUGUCCUCCAAUACCGACAAAACUGCUGUCAUUGAAGCUGCAGUAUUUGACGCUGAGACCAACGUAAAACUGAUCGUGGUCUCAUUUGACAUGUCUAUCAAGAAAAGCGGGAUAGCCACUGGUGCUGAGCACACAGUCCCGUCGCCGCUUCUGGAUGCUCCUGAUGCAGAGAGCCUGUCCAAGGCAGAGCUCGCAACGCUCAGCCGUUUGAUGGAUUUUUUGCCACACAAUUCCGUUACAACAGACCGUGGAGCGCUCAGUCGGUCAACAAAAUGUCUGGUCACGACAUUGGGCUUUGGACCGAACCUGACUGGCCCAGUCAUCUACAUUCAUGGCGGUGUGCUGGGUACAGUACUGUACAAUGCAGCUGCAAUGCUGUUCCAGCUGCUCACUGGCAAGGACCCCAAUGCGGUCAACUGGGACAUCACAUACAAGAGCCCGGUGCCUAUCGAGAGCAUCGACAAUGUCAUCACCGCUCAGGUUAAGAGCGAAUCUACUCAGUCGGUGACAAUAUUCUCCAAGAUUAUGCGCGGCAGCAAGGUCUUUACCACCUUGACGACCGUAUUCUCCCUGGGCAAGCUGGAGGUCGAACAGAGCAACUAUAGAAUAUGUAUUUCACAUGCCUGAAUGGCGUAAUGUAAUGAC